UCGACAAAAAUGUUCGACAUAAUAUAUAAGUAGUUGCGAUGGCCAAUUACGUUACUCUAGAAGAAGAAACACUCGAGACAGUGGAAAGCGUCAUCGUACACGAUGUCCAAGUUCAUCGUGAUGAAAAUGAUAUGUACACAGACAAUUCUAAGCAACGAGAGUGUUCUUUAAGUAUAAAACUGCCGAAUUUCGCACGUUUUAACAUUAUGGAUACAUGUUUGAAGGUGAUCUUCGUCGUUCUCUCCAUUCCUUGGUUGAUAUCGACUAUCUUUGCCUCCGUAUUCGACACGAAAUGCAUCAUCUUCGACCACGCUUCAAUGGUAAACUGCAGCCAGGAAGUAUUUAUCGCCAAACCUAGACACUGGGUCUUUGCUUGGUUCUUAAUGUCCAUCAUGUCUUCAGCUCUUCUUCUGCUCAUCGUGUAUUUGAAUUGCGAAAAAGUAAACUAUCAAAUCGGAAAAGCGAAGAAAAUUUACAAAAAAGGAUAUUUUGUGUCGUUGAUGUUUCUAACACUGGUGUCGCUGUUGUUUUACAGCAUUCGACUCUACAACACUAGGUUGGAAAAGACAAGCUUGUCCAUUUCAAUCCUUAUUUUGUUCUCUGUCCCAGUCACUGUCCUCCUGAUCUGCUGUUUAAACUAUUUACCUCGCAUCGCCUGGAGAAAAUCAAGACAUACAUUUUGCACUCUUGUAUGGUCUGAAGAUUGCCUGCGUAAAAAUUCAAACUUCAUCAUCUAUUGGUGGGCUGUUGUUUUGUAUCUGAUCGAGAAUGCCUGUAAAGUAGUUGGUAUGAUGCUUAACCUUGCAGAAGAAGUCGCCCCCCUGAUCGAAAAUAAAUUCCCAGAAAAAGCUGGCCACUUCCGGUCGGUGAUGGUGAUAGUCAUCGGUUUAAGGCUGACAUUCCACGCCCGCGUACUUAAUUUCUUUUGGCAAAAACUCUUCUAUGGCAACAGGGACCUGUUCUCGGAGCCAAAUUUAAGGCUUGUCGAUGAGUCUCGGGUCCAAGAAAAACAAGAAUCAGAAGAACGAGUGGACGAGUUGGAACUUGUCCAUGUAUGAG